GUGUCGUUAUUUGUUGCAGUUUUUGCAGCAGCUUUUUUGCUGGACGUUUGCUGUUUCAUCGAAUUCAAUUAUGAUAAAGUUCUAAUUAUUUUGACUAGAAAAAGUGUUUUUAUACCAUAACGAUUACGAUAAAUGUCUCUCUGUAAUCGUACCUAGAGAGGAUAAUGAAUUCCGUUGAAGAAGUAACCGUAGUGGACGUGUACGAUUUAGCAUCGGAUGUCGGCAAAGAGUUUGAGAAAAUUAUCGACAAAAAUGGACCUAAUUCGGUGGCCGACCUAAUCCCCAAAGUUAUCAACAUACUGGAACUACUAGAAACACUAGCGGUCCGCCGAGAGGGGGAGUGUGCGUUAGUUCAGGAAUUAAAUGAUAAAAUUUGUCAGCUUGAAAAUGAUAAACAGGAGAAGGCUGAGUUCAAGAAAAAAAUCGAUAAGGAAAUGGAGUCAAUUGAAGAACAAUGGCGCAUCGAAACACGGGAUUUGCUGCAAUUGAUAAGUCGUUUGCAAAAUGAAAAUCGGCGACUCAUCAAAGCUCAAAGCAAUGAUACAUUGUCUCCUAAAGGUUACCAAAGCGAUACGCCGAGCGUUGAUAGUCAAUCAGGCAACAUGUUUUGCACGACUUGUGAUUCGUCUACUAUAUCUAAACUGAAAUCGAAAAUCAAUGAACAAAGCGAUGAAUUAAAGCUUAAGGAAAGGGAAUUUCAUGAAAAACAGUCGGAAAUUUCUAGCAUGUCUACACAGAUUGAAAGACUGAAAAAUUCAUUGGGAGAAUGUCGCAGGAGACAAAAAUUAUCGCAAAACCAGAUUAUUAAUUUGUUUGAGGAACGUGCCGAUUUUCUGGCUAAGCUGCAGGAUCAGAGUCAUGAAAUAACAACGCUGCGCAAGCGGCUUGGGAUAGCAGAGAAGGAAAAUGAAGACUUGACAGACUUGGUCAAGGAAGAUGAAAAACCUCGCUUUUCAACUGUGGAGCUGAAGGAAGUUUUGACAGAGCGCAACGAAUUGAAGCUGAGGGUCAACGACUUGGAGCAGGAACUCCUUGCGUGCAAACAACCAACUGUAGUCGAUAGCGAAAACGACGUAAGUUCCACUUCAAUCGAAGAUCUACCCGUGCAGGGUCCAUUGCCAUAUGAACCAGAUGACGCUCCCUGGAAGAAGCACUCCGAAAGCGGCAUCCGUAAAUUUUUUGUACGUUUACAGCUUCCGAAAGUUGUUCUCUGAUGUGAACACCGAUACUGCAAGCUUCCCGCGCCGUUCGGUUUCUACUUUGACUAAAAUGGCUUUAUCAUCUGGACCUCACAGUGACAUUCCAAUAUAAAUUAUUUUAUUACUACCAUCAGUAUUAGUAACUUGUUGUGAUGUUCAUUGUUUCGUUUGAGUAGCAUAAGGUUAUAACGUAGUGGAAGUAGAGGGAUAUCAAUGUCAAAAACAAAAA